UUCUCAUGAAGAAUGCGUUCUCAUUCGAUUAUUGGAAAAUCAUGUAGGAAAGUUUGUGCACUCUCAUGCAGAAAAAGGAAUUGGACAGAGCUGAAAAAUGCCAGUGAGUCAUAACUUAUCAACUGUGACCGUCAUGCUUCAGAUAUGUGUGAGCUUCUUUUUGCUGUCAGUUGUCCUCUCCCAGUCAAUACAUACCUCACCCAAAAGAGGCCAUAACAUCACCAUCCACUCCUCACAGCUGGUCUGUAGUCUGCCAGGCCCAGCAGGGCCUGCAGGGAACCCAGGAGUCCCUGGCUCACCAGGGACAGCAGGGCCAAUGGGGGCCCCAGGGAAGGAUGGCCCGGAUGGAAAGGAUGGGGAGAAGGGAAAAAAAGGAGAUAGAGGUGAUCCGGGGAGGACAGGGAACCCAGGCAAGCCAGGUGUGAAAGGCCGUGAGGGCGUUAUUGGCAAGGCUGGACCUCGAGGGCUCAGAGGGCUCCGUGGAAAACCAGGGCUGGGUGGAAAAAGUGGGCAAAAGGGAGAUGUGGGUGACAUGGGUCAGAAAGGAGCUCCUGGAGGCUGCAAUUGUGGAAGCCAGGCCCGUUCAGCUUUCUCUGUGGCGGUGACAAAGAGCUACCCUAAAGAACGUAUGCCCAUCCGCUUCAGCCGGAUCCUGCUGAAUGAGGGGAACCACUACAAUGCCAGCAAUGGGAAGUUUGUCUGUGCUAUCCCUGGGGUCUAUUAUUUCACAUACGACAUAACACUGGCCAACAAGCACCUGGCCAUCGGGCUGGUCCACAACGGGCAGUACAAGAUCAAGACAUUUGAUGCUAAUACAGGGAACAACGAUGUAGCAUCUGGUUCCACUGUUCUCCACCUGAAGCAUUUAGACCAGGUCUGGCUGCAGAUCUUCUACUCGGAGCAGAACGGACUGUUCUUUGACCCCUUCUGGACAGACAGUACCUUCACUGGCUUCCUUAUCUACGCUGACCAGGACUAUCUGAAUGAGGCUGACAAAAAAGCUAAUGCUGAAAGUGGCAGUUAAUACCUAAAUCCUGAAAUAAGUUUGUGUCUGAAUUUACUUCACAACAAAGUGUUUUGAAAAUCCACGUUGGAAAAGAUUGCUCAACAAUGGAAAGCUUCAGUGAAUUUCAGUAUUUUGACAAGUCCUGACAGCAGGUGGCACCCAAAGAAAGCAAAAACUCUAUCAUAACCAGGGGAACCACUUAGCAAUGCUUGAAUGCUGAAAAGCCUUCAUUUUUGGGGCUAUAAUUCUGACAAAAUCCUAUGAAAAUUUUGAACUGAAUACUUUCUCUUGAAUUUUUAUUUCCAUAAUUGUUUCUUUUAUAUUCAUGUA